GCUGAGUGGGAGGCGUUCAUUCGUGAUAUGGGCGAGAAGUGCGCCCGAGUGGACAAAACUUUCAAAGAGCGAGAGGAAGAACUGAGCGACUACUACAGGCAACUGGAGCAGAAGCUGCACCUAACUGAAAACUGAUAAACACGAAAAUGAUUACCACUGAUUACACCCUGUUGCUGAAGCCGAGCGAAGCGCUGCUUGCUUUCAUCAAGGAGCAGGCGGACGCCGCCGUCGAGCCUGUGCCCGAGAUGAUAAAGCAACUUACUUCAGGAAGCGAGGACAGGCUGUGCGCAGACGACUUUCCCUGGCUGCAGAAGCGAGCCAACGCAGCUGGCGUGUCCAUCAAGAAGCUGGGUUUCACCAUCGAGCUGCCUGAACCACAGCAGCAGCCGAGGAAUCCACAGCUGGAGGCGCGUUGUCAGCGUCUUCGCAGGGAGCAGGAGGCCCGCGAAUACCGCCAAAUGACCAAGAGCGUUGAUGCGACAAGGCGGAAAGAGCCAGAGGAGAGCAUAGCAUUCCAGAUGAAGCAGAUCAACCGGCAACUGAUUUGGGUUGGCCAAUUCCUGUUGUCGGUCAUCGCAGGCUUUGCUUUUGGCGUCAUUGGCCUUGAACUCAUCUUUGGCGAGCUUGAACUGGGCUUUCGGCUCCUUUGGGGCACCUUCUUCUCAGUCGUCAUUGGUGUAGCCGAGAUUUACUUCCUGCUGCGCCAUCUGCACUUCUCAGAAUUUGGCAUUCCAGAGGAGCUUGGACCCAAUAAGAAAGAACCAGAUGGCAAGCCUCAUCAAGACUAGAUAGAUUUUUUUGUAUUAGGGGUGUAAUGUCGUUUCAAUUAUAAUCUGUUUUUAAAGUUGA